UCAUGAUCAUUAGUGAUAAUUUUAAAGAUUUACAUGUCUAAGUUUGCUUUAUUUUUUGUAAAUAUGAGAAAUUCCUGGAUGACGCAAUAAGAUUCAGAGAUUGUUAUUUGUAUCCAGUGGGUUACUUUGAGAAACUUUCCUUAUUGAUAGUGAUGAUUCUGCCUGUUCGGUUUAUCCUGUGUGUGUGUGUGUGGUUUUUUUUUUAAAGGAAAAUUAGAAAUAUUUUGUUUUUCGGUGCUUACCGCUGUUGCAUUAUAACAAUAUCGUUCCAUCGUCAGGACUUUGUUCCUGAUAAUAAAAACCUUUGGUAGAAGCUGGGACCUUACCUUUCUUUCAACUUUUGACAGUAAAUACCUGGGCACAGGACUUCAAAGCAAACACAGAUCCCCCUUCCCCCUUAAUAUUUAAGAAUUAAAAGAUGAUGAGAAAUAAGGACAAAAGCCAAGAGGAGGACAGUUCGCUACACAGCAAUGCUUCGAGUCAUUCAGCAUCUGAAGAAGCUUCAGGUUCAGACUCGGGCAGCCAGUCGGAAAGUGAGCAGGGCAGCGAUCCAGGAAGCGGACAUGGCAGCGAGUCGAAUAGCAGUUCUGAAUCUUCAGAGAGUCAGUCUGAAUCUGAAAGUGAAUCAGCAGGUUCCAAAUCCCAGCCAGUUCUUCCAGAAGCCAAAGAGAAGCCAGCCUCCAAGAAGGAACGGAUAGCUGAUGUGAAGAAGAUGUGGGAAGAAUAUCCUGAUGUUUAUGGGGUUAGGCGGUCAAACCGAAGCAGACAAGAACCAUCACGAUUUAAUAUUAAGGAGGAGGCAAGUAGCGGGUCUGAGAGUGGGAGCCCAAAAAGAAGAGGCCAGAGGCAGCUGAAAAAACAAGAAAAAUGGAAACGGGAACCUUCAGAAGAUGAACAAGAACAAGGUAGCAGUGCAGAGAGUGAGCCAGAGCAAAAAAGAGUGAAAGCCAGAAGACCCGUCCCCAGAAGAACAGUGCCCAAAUCACGUGUUAAAAAGCAACCUAAGACUCAGCGUGGAAAGAGGAAAAAGCAAGAUUCCUCUGAUGAUGAUGAUGAAGAUGAUGAGGCCCCCAAAAGGCAGACUCGUCGCAGGGCGGCUAAAAAUGUUAGUUACAAAGAGGAUGAUGACUUUGAGACUGACUCAGAUGACCUCAUUGAAAUGACUGGAGAAGGGGUUGAUGAACAGCAGGAUAACAGUGAGACUAUUGAGAAGGUCUUAGACUCAAGGCUGGGGAAGAAAGGAGCCACUGGAGCUUCCACUACUGUGUAUGCGAUUGAAGCUAAUGGCGACCCGAGUGGUGACUUUGACACUGAAAAGGAUGAAGGUGAAGUCCAGUACCUCAUCAAGUGGAAGGGCUGGUCUUACAUCCAUAGCACAUGGGAGAGUGAAGAAUCCUUACAGCAGCAGAAAGUGAAGGGCCUGAAAAAGCUAGAGAACUUCAAGAAGAAAGAAGAUGAAAUCAAGCAAUGGUUAGGGAAAGUUUCUCCUGAAGAUGUGGAGUAUUUUAGCUGCCAACAGGAGCUGGCCUCAGAGUUGAACAAACAGUAUCAGAUAGUAGAGAGAGUGAUAGCUGUGAAGACAAGUAAAUCUGCAUUGGGUCAGACAGAUUUCCCAGCUCAUAGUCGGAAGCCAGCACCUUCGAAUGAACCGGAGUAUCUAUGCAAAUGGAUGGGGCUGCCCUAUUCAGAGUGCAGCUGGGAGGAUGAAGCCCUGAUUGGGAAGAAAUUCCAGAGCUGCAUCGAUAGCUUCCACAGUCGGAACAACUCUAAAACCAUUCCCACAAGAGAAUGCAAGGCCCUGAAGCAGAGACCACGAUUUGUGGCUUUAAAGAAACAACCAACUUAUUUAGGAGGGGAGAAUCUGGAGCUCCGUGAUUAUCAGCUAGAAGGUCUCAACUGGCUUGCGCAUUCCUGGUGCAAAAGUAACAGUGUAAUCCUUGCUGAUGAAAUGGGCCUAGGAAAGACCAUCCAAACCAUAUCAUUCCUCUCCUACCUGUUCCACCAACACCAGCUGUAUGGCCCCUUUCUUAUAGUCGUCCCUUUAUCCACCCUCACCUCAUGGCAGAGGGAGUUUGAAAUCUGGGCACCAGAGAUUAACGUAGUGGUUUACAUAGGUGACCUGAUGAGCAGAAAUACGAUCCGGGAAUAUGAAUGGAUUCAUUCUCAGACCAAAAGGCUAAAGUUCAACGCACUUAUAACCACAUACGAGAUCCUGCUCAAGGACAAGACUGUGCUGGGCAGUAUUAACUGGGCCUUUCUGGGAGUGGACGAAGCCCAUCGGUUGAAGAAUGAUGACUCUUUAUUAUAUAAAACUCUGAUUGAUUUCAAGUCCAACCAUAGGCUCCUGAUUACGGGGACCCCUCUUCAGAAUUCCCUCAAAGAGCUCUGGUCCUUGCUGCACUUUAUUAUGCCGGAGAAGUUUGAGUUCUGGGAAGACUUUGAAGAAGACCAUGGGAAGGGGAGAGAGAAUGGCUACCAGAGUCUUCAUAAGGUGCUAGAGCCUUUCCUUCUACGGAGAGUCAAAAAGGAUGUGGAGAAAUCCCUUCCUGCCAAGGUGGAACAGAUCCUCAGGGUGGAGAUGUCUGCCCUUCAGAAACAGUAUUACAAAUGGAUUCUGACCAGGAAUUACAAGGCUCUGGCGAAAGGAACACGAGGCAGCACAUCUGGUUUCUUGAAUAUUGUGAUGGAACUGAAGAAAUGCUGCAACCACUGCUACCUGAUCAAAGCCCCCGAGGAGAAUGAGAGGGAGAAUGGACAGGAGAUUCUCCUGUCCCUGAUCAAGAGCAGCGGGAAGCUGAUUCUGUUAGAUAAACUGUUGACAAGACUUCGAGAAAGGGGGAACAGAGUCCUUAUCUUCUCUCAGAUGGUGAGAAUGUUGGAUAUCCUGGCUGAGUACCUGACUAUUAAACACUAUCCUUUCCAGCGUCUGGAUGGUUCCAUAAAGGGAGAAAUACGGAAACAGGCACUGGACCACUUCAACGCAGAUGGGUCUGAGGACUUCUGCUUCCUGCUCUCCACAAGGGCUGGUGGCUUGGGAAUCAAUUUGGCUUCAGCGGACACAGUUGUCAUCUUUGACUCCGACUGGAACCCCCAGAACGACUUGCAGGCACAAGCCCGAGCCCAUAGAAUUGGCCAGAAGAAGCAGGUAAAUAUUUAUCGCUUGGUCACAAAGGGGACUGUGGAGGAAGAAAUCAUAGAACGGGCCAAAAAGAAGAUGGUAUUGGACCAUCUGGUAAUUCAGCGCAUGGAUACCACUGGCCGGACUGUCCUGGAAAACAACUCUGGAAGGUCCAACUCAAAUCCUUUUAAUAAAGAAGAGCUGACAGCUAUUUUGAAAUUUGGAGCAGAGGAUCUCUUCAAAGAACUUGAAGGCGAAGAGUCAGAGCCUCAGGAAAUGGACAUAGAUGAAAUUUUGCGCUUGGCUGAAACCAGAGAGAAUGAAGUGUCAACUAGUGCAACAGAUGAGCUUCUGUCACAAUUUAAGGUUGCCAACUUUGCUACAAUGGAAGAUGAAGAAGAGCUGGAAGAGCGUCCUCACAAGGACUGGGAUGAGAUCAUUCCCGAGGAGCAAAGGAAGAAAGUGGAGGAGGAGGAGCGACAGAAGGAGCUGGAGGAAAUUUACAUGCUGCCUCGAAUUCGGAGUUCCACUAAAAAGGCUCAGACAAAUGAUAGUGACUCUGAUACUGAGUCUAAGAGGCAGGCUCAGAGGUCCUCUGCUUCUGAGAGUGAGACUGAUGAUUCUGAUGAUGACAAGAAGCCAAAGCGCAGAGGACGCCCCCGAAGUGUACGGAAGGACCUUGUGGAGGGAUUUACUGAUGCGGAGAUCCGCAGGUUCAUCAAGGCGUAUAAGAAGUUUGGUCUCCCUCUUGAACGGCUGGAGUGCAUAGCACGUGAUGCUGAGCUGGUCGAUAAGUCUGUGGCGGAUCUGAAACGCCUGGGUGAACUGAUUCACAACAGUUGUGUGUCAGCAAUGCAGGAAUAUGAAGAACAGCUGAAGGAAAAUGCCAGCGAGGGGAAAGGACCAGGGAAAAAGCGAGGCCCAACAAUCAAGAUAUCUGGGGUUCAGGUUAAUGUGAAAUCCAUUAUCCAACAUGAAGAAGAGUUUGAGAUGCUGCAUAAAUCUAUCCCUGUGGAUCCUGAAGAAAAAAAAAAAUAUUGCUUAACCUGUCGGGUCAAAGCUGCCCAUUUUGAUGUAGAGUGGGGAGUAGAAGAUGAUUCUCGUCUGUUGCUGGGCAUUUAUGAACAUGGCUAUGGAAACUGGGAGUUAAUUAAAACGGAUCCAGAGCUUAAAUUAACUGACAAAAUUCUGCCCGUGGAGACAGAUAAAAAACCUCAGGGGAAGCAGCUGCAGACCCGUGCCGACUACCUACUAAAGCUACUCAGGAAGAGUCUGGAGAAGAAAGGGGCUGUGCCUGCCGGGGAAGAGGCCAAAUUAAAGAAGAGGAAACCUCGAGUGAAAAAGGAGAACAAAGCUCCUCGGCUGAAAGAUGAGCAUGGGAUUGAGUUUUCAUCUCCUAGACACUCUGACAAUCCUUCUGAAGAGGGGGAAGUGAAGGACGAUGGCUUAGAAAAAAGUCCAAUGAAAAAGAAACAGAAGAAGAAAGAGAACAAGGAGAACAAGGAGAAACAAAUGAGUUCUAGGAAAGACAAAGAAGGGGAGAAGGAAAGGAAGAAGUCAAAAGAUAAGAAGGAAAAGCCUAAAAGUGGUGAUGCCAAAUCUUCCAGUAAAUCCAAGCGAUCUCAGGGGCCUGUCCACAUUACAGCAGGAAGCGAACCUGUCCCCAUCGGAGAAGACGAGGACGAUGAUCUGGACCAGGAGACAUUCAGCAUAUGUAAGGAGAGGAUGAGACCUGUGAAAAAGGCACUAAAACAGCUGGACAAACCUGACAAGGGACUCAACGUGCAGGAACAGCUGGAGCACACUAGGAACUGCCUGCUGAAGAUUGGAGACCGGAUUGCUGAGUGCCUUAAAGCCUACUCAGACCAGGAGCACAUCAAACUAUGGAGGAGGAACCUAUGGAUUUUUGUUUCCAAGUUUACAGAAUUCGAUGCUCGAAAAUUGCAUAAGUUAUACAAGAUGGCUCAUAAGAAAAGAUCUCAGGAAGAGGAGGAGCAAAAGAAGAAAGAUGAUGUGAUUGGUGGUAAGAAGCCAUUUAGACCAGAGGCCUCAGGCUCAAGCCGGGACUCACUGAUGUCUCAGUCCCAUACCCCACACAACCUGCACCCACAGAAGCCUCAUUUGCCUGCCUCCCAUGGCCCACAGAUGCAUGGACACCCCAGAGAUAACUACAAUCACCCCAAUAAGAGACACUUCAGCAAUGCAGAUCGAGGAGACUGGCAGAGGGAAAGGAAGUUCAACUAUGGUGGAGGCAGCAACAACCCACCGUGGGCUAGUGACAGGCACCACCAGUAUGAUCAGCACUGGUACAAGGACCACCAUUAUGGGGAUCGGCGACACAUGGACACCCACCGUUCUGGGAGCUACCGGCCCAACAACCUGUCCAGAAAGAGACCUUAUGACCAGUAUAGCAGUGACCGAGACCACCGGGGCCACAGAGAUUAUUAUGACAGGCACCACCAUGACUCUAAGCGGAGGCGAUCCGAUGACUUCCGGCCUCAAAAUUACCACCAGCAGGAUUUCCGACGAAUGUCUGAUCACCGUCCCCCUAUGGGCUACCAUGGCCAGGGACCUUCAGACCAUUACCGUUCUUUCCACACAGACAAAUUGGGGGAGUAUAAACAGCCUCUGCCCCCCUUACACCCUGCUGUCUCAGAUCCUCGCUCACCCCCGUCUCAGAAAUCGCCUCAUGAUUCCAAGUCACCCCUGGAUCAUCGGUCUCCUUUGGAGAGAUCCCUAGAACAGAAAAACAACCCAGAUUAUAACUGGAAUGUUCGAAAAACAUAAAAGACAGCUUGAAAAGAAGGGGAGAGCAAGAGUCACUAAGCACCUGGAUAUUUUUGGUCUGAUCCAACAGUAGCCAGUCAUCUGGACCAGUGAGUGGAGUUUCUGGACAUGCGACGGCGGCUCGCUGCCUGAGGGGCACUUCGCGGAGCAGGGCCUGUGGUCCGGUCCGUUGGGCAGGGUCACCACUCCUGCACUUGGCACCUUGUCCUAUUCCAGCUUGGUUCUGGCCUCCCUCUGAACGGGUGCUAGAAGAAAGAGGUGGUUUUUGUGUACCCACUUCCUGGGCUGCGUCCCUGCUGAAGGAGGAAGGAUCUUUGCGCUGUGAAUGUUCUCUGGCCGGGUCAGUAGACCUGGGACCUGGCAUGGGGUGGAGAGGCAUGUGUGCCUGUGCACAUGUGUGUGUGCAGGCUGCAGGACAGCUGGACAGCGCCUCACGCGGCCUCUGCUGUGACAAAUGCUGCCGAGGGGGAGCAGGGCAUGGGGUUGAGUGGUGGGGUCUCAUCAUAGGACUUGGAAGGGGGCAGAAACCCCUCAAACAUGUUCUUGGGAAAAGUGACAGUCGGGCCUCAUUAUGUGGCCUCUGUGGUGCCAGGGGGUGGGGGGUUACAGAGAGGGAAACAGCUCCCACAGCAGCUUCUUCCUGCCAACACCAGGUCUCCCCAUGCUCUCUGUACAUUUCAAAGGGUGAGUCUUCUGAGUGGGUCUUCUGCAUUUGGGAAGUGGGCCCGUGCACCUGACCUGAGUGCUGUGAGUGAGGCAGGUGGGCUUCCAUGGAGGGGA